CCACAUCUUCCUUUAGGGAGUACCCGCCUACGGCCUACACGAGCCGAGCGGGGAAGGCGAUGGUGCGCUGGGAGAGAGGCGGGCGGCGGCGGCGGCGGCGGCGGCACGGGCGCACCGCGCCAUCGGGCACGCAGGGAUGGAGGGAAAGUUGACGACGCCGUGCGACUACUCUGUCCCAGGCCGCUAGAACGCUCGGAUUCAGCGGAGAUUUGGCCCUGUCAGACAUCCCGAUUGCAACGAAAAAUCAAAUAUUUCCCAGUAAGGAACGGAACGGACCUCUGAAUCAGGAUAACUCGGUGGAGGAGCACACAAUUGUUGGAGGGGGGAUGUCCAAGCGGCGGCAGGAGCAGGACCAGGGCCAGGGCCAGGGCCAGGGACAGGGGAUUGGCAAGAGGUUGCAGAAGCAAAAACAUCUCUAUCUGGUGCUGGAUGAUUGGGCCAAGGGCUUCUCGAUCCAUAAGAUCGACGUUGCCAACCCUCACCUCGGGGAACCCCCCGUCCUCCGGCUGGUGGCACCUGUGCCUUGUUGUCCCAUGAGUUUUGCUGCCCUGGGAAGCAACAUCUUCACUGUGAGCAACAGGCACCGUGGGACCCUCGUUUACGACACAGAGACGGCGGCGCUGGCCACCGGCCCUUGCCUCCCGGAUCCGUUACUCGGCGGCAUUAACAACUUUGUGUCCGCCGCUGAUACGCUGUAUGCAUUCGCAUACUUCUUUGCCAAAAGGCAGCACUCCUUUGAGGUGAUGUCGACGGACAGUGCCAAGCAGGGUCUGUGUCCAUCAACCCCAACUUUGGAUUGGUCAUGGCAAAGUGUGCCUUCCCCACCACCAUUCAAGACGGAUGAAGUGAUUGUCUCCUACGCCCUUCACCCGGAUGGACACACCAUCUUCAUGUCUGCCCACAGAACGCAUAUAGGUGAUCGGACCUUCUCCUUUGACGCCAGGCACUGCGAGUGGAGGUACCAUGGGGAAUGGGUGUUGCCUUUCAGACAUGAAGGCUUCUUUGACAGUGAACUGGAUGCAUGGGUUGGGCUUCACAAGGAUGGUGGCAUUUGCUCCUGCCAAGUCGUCUCUCACAGCAGCACAAGUGCCAUGCAGCCGGACUGGAAGAUGGUCAAGGACAAGCUGUGGUGCAAAGACAAGGUGGCUCGUGGCCCUACUCUGACGUACAUGGGUGGUUCCAGAUUUUGCAUUGUGGAGUGUGUGGUGCGUGAGGGACUGGACUAUGAGGACGCCUUUGGUGACUGUGAUGGCUGCAUGCUCCAUAUUACCAUGUUCGGCCUCAAGCACAAUCACAAGGGAGAGCUGCAAACCAUUGGCCGCACCACCAACUCCUAUCUAGUGUCAAAGCUUCUUUCAUCGUUUUCUCCUGUAGCCUUCUGGAUGUAGGAAUGGACCUGCUGUUUGGUUUGGUUGUAUGCAAUGCAUACUUGUGUGACCAAUUACCAUGGAUGUAAGUUGUGCUUUAUGGCAAUAAAAAGUUUGGUUUGGUUGUAUGCAAUGCAUACUUGUCUGUCCAAUUACCCUGGAUGUAAGUUAUGUUUUAUGACAAUAAAAAGUGUCUAACUAUAAUUUGUGGAA